GAAGAGUGUAUAUGCGUGGCGCCUAAAAGCGGCCAAAAAUAUCGUGUUGCUGUCAUCGUCUAACCUCUUGCAACAAGUUACCGAGCAACCUUUGUGAAGUCUGUGACUUUCGGCACCCCUCCCGAUUCCAGCUCUCGCACGCCUGUUCUGCUCACUUCAAGAGAACUGCGCUGUCCUGUUGCAAGGCGAGUGGGCCUAGGCGAUGGCUGCGGAUUUUUCAUCCCUGGUGCGAAAUGUCUUGGAGGCCAAAGCGAACGAACUCUGGGACGUGAGCAAGUUCCUCUGGGCGAAUCCAGAGACAGCGCUGCGUGAAACCAAGGCCCACGACAGGCUGUGCGAAUUUCUGGAAAGGCAGGGCUUCAAUGUUAGUCGACGCCACUACAUGGACACCGCGUUCAGGGCUGAAUACAGUGCGCCGGGAGGCACCGACGGCCCCACGGUGGCACUCAUGGCGGAAUACGACGCCCUGCCCGACAUUGGCCACGGCUGCGGCCACAACCUGGUCUCACAGAGCGUGCUCGGCGCCGCCGUGGCUGUCAAAGAGGUCAUGAACAAAGUCACCAACCUCAGCGGAAAGAUCGUGGUCCUGGGCACGCCCGCAGAGGAGGACAACGUGGGCAAGAUAACGCUUCUUGAGAAGGGCGCCUUCGACGACAUCAACGUGGCCAUGACGGCCCACCCAGGCGCCCAGGACGUGCUGAAGACGGCCUUCUCGGCGAGCCAGAAGCUGACGGUGACGUACACGGGUAAGGCGGCGCACGCAGCCGUCAGCCCGUGGGACGGCGUGAACGCUGCAGACGCGGCCGUGUCGGCCUACUUCAGCCUGGCGAUGCUCAGGCAUCGCAUCAAGGACACGUCCAGGAUACUCGGCAACCCUGAUCGAGGACUGCGGCCAGUACCCGAACAUCAUCACCGAGUCGAGCCGGCUGGUGUGCCACGUGCUGACGCCGGACCCCGACGAGGACCUGGACGCGCUGCAGGCGCGCGCCGAGCGCUGCCUUUGCGCGGCCGCGCACGCCACCGGCUGCAAGGCGACCAUCGCCCGGGGCCGCCGCUGCAGGCUGUUCGCGCACAACGACGCGCUCGUGAGGGCCUACAGGAGUCACGGAACGAAGCUCGGCGUCCACUUCGUGGACAUGGACCUAACCCGCGUCGUGCCAACAGGAGGCGCCAGCGACGCCGCCAACGUGUCCCACGAGGUGCCCACGCUGCUGCCAGAGUUCGCCAUCGGCUCGGUGCAAGACAGACACACGUGGGAGUUCGCACAAGCCGCGGGAUCCGAAAGCGCCCAGGCUCCCACUCGGAGGGCGAGCCAGAUGCUGGCGCUAACAGCCCUGGACGUGUUCGCCGACCCCCAGCUGCUGCCCAGGGCGCGCAAGGACCUCGCGGAAUGGAAGGCGGCCAGGCGGUCUCCAUGCACCUGCCCUACGAUGGCGGGCUCUGGCUCGAAGGCCGUCUGAGGACGCCGAGAAUGCAAUCUGAAUUUCAGCUGACGUACUGCAGAGCGUCGGCUGAAAUGCCGGCGAUCGACCUUUGCUGUAUUGCCAUAUCUGCCAUAUGCAAAUGAAAUACGCUAUUUCUUGAUCAGAAGUUUUCUGCACUCAAUUUUGCUUUUAACUAGCAAAGUUGUCAUAGCUGGUGUCCAAGUCCACAACCCAGCGGCGGCUUUCUCCGAGUAACAGAAGCUUAUCGCGAAGGCCAUGUUUCUGCUAACUACGUGCGCCGGAAGCGACUGUGGAGCCGAAAAACACGCCAUAGGUGCCACGGUUUGGACACUACCGUCUGUUUCUGUUCGACUCGGCGGCCAUCGCAUUCUGCGGCUGAGACCAAGGUAGCUGGACUAUACUUAUACUGGCCCGGCGGCUAUAUGCCGAUUGAAGCGGAGUGCAAGGAUUAACGCUCGUGCACUGUAAAUGACGUGCAAGGAACUUGAACGGCCACGUACGUACGAUAGCAUUCUGCAACCACAUAUCUAAUGUAGUCCACGUGUUGAUUUGGAACCCGCCGCGGUAGCUCCCUAAGCAUA